AGUUUGCCCAUAACUUCACUGACAAAAAUAAGGAAGGGAAGAUAAGCUUUCAAAUUCCCAAGCAUGGGCUUCCUCCCUACUUUCUAUCUAUAAGAUCAUUUUGAUAAAAAGAAAAGAACAACAAACUGAAGCACCAAACUAGCAAGAACAAAGGAGGAGAGCUACCUUAAGGCAUGGCUUCCUUGGCCAUUUCUGCUUCAUUGCAAACAGUUUGCAGCUCACAUCAAGCCACUAAGAAACAACAGCCCCAAUCCAGACCAGCUGCUCGCUCAUUGGGGACAAAAGAGGCCACCCAUCAUGUUGUUGCGCUGGAUGUGAAAGCUCAAAAUUGUUUAAACAUAGAGAAGCAAGAGAAGUCUGCUUUACGCAUCGAUAGGCCUGAGGCAGAGGAUGCUGCAGACUACAAAUCACAGCAUGGUUUGGGUACAGAAUUGCCUGUUGUGAAGUUCAACGACAAGCGGUGGAAGAAAGGGACAUGGGAUCUAAAUAUGUUUUCCAAGGAUGGCAAGUUGGACUGGGAUGGCAUCAUUCUAGCAGAAGCAAAGAGGAGGAAGUUUCUUGAGCUUCACCCAGAAUCAGCUACCAACGACGACCCGGUUGUGUUUAGGAGCUCCAUCAUACCAUGGUGGGCAUGGAUGAUGAGAUCCUAUCUCCCGGAGGCUGAGCUGAUCAAUG